AUGACUAGGGUUCCCUCAGGAGAUUAUCUAUAUCACGAACUGGGUUUCGUGACAACAACUGACAAUGGGACUCCUUGGUCACCAUCGCAUCACGGAGAUCUGGGUGACACGCACCUCACCACUACGGCAGAAUCGAAGGGGCUACUAAUCCUAUUGACUCCAUUCUGGGCUAUCCACUGCCCUUCCACUGUCUCCCAUCUUACGGACAACCCACAAGAUACCAUCGGAGACUUUGGCGGCUCACGUUCCACGACGGGACUUUUCGUAUGCCACGAGGCGUCAUAUGCUCCAGAGCCAGUAUCGGAAUACACUCGGUUAUGGGUCUUAGUUUUGGUUCUCUCUAUUCCUACGGGUUUGACCUAUGGAUUUGGAUACUCACUCCAACUAACCCUCGAGGAAUCUCAGAAUCGAGACAGCCUCUCUCUCUCCCUUUGUAUACUAUACCUUUCACAUCAGUUAUGGCCACCACGUUACCGGGUGGGCACAUUGACCAUUGCUCAUAUGGUUGCGGAGAUCGAUUGGUUAUCGGUCAUUCAGGUGAUGGAUGCAUCUCAGACAUCCACGACGCAUCUUCCUUCGUCGAUGUUCAUUGGCCGGGACAUGAGAAGAGACUUUUAG